AAUUGUGGGUGUUCCUUCGAUGAGUAGUUGCUAAUCUUUAAAAAAUAAUUGUUUUGGAGAGAAAAUCACAUAUACUGCUGCGAGAUAUCUUUUGUGCAUCCAUGCUGGUAGAGAGCAUGCGUGGAAACAGUCUUUUGGGUGAUGCCCCUGACAAGAUUAGUUCCCGAUGCAUUCGGCGUGCUGACCAUCUGUCUAGUCGCUCUGCUUAUUCUCCUCGGUCUCCUUUGCAUCGCUUACUCCUUCUACUUCCAGUCUCACGUUCGUAAGCAAGGCUUUAUUCAGCUUGGUUACUUCACCGGUCCUUGGAUUAUUCGCAUCAUCUUCAUUUGCUUUGCUAUCUGGUGGGCUGUUGGUGAGAUUUUCCGGUUGAGUUUGUUUAGGCGCCACAGAAGGCUAUUGAGUGGGUUGGAUCCGACAUGGCAAGAAAACGUCUGCAAGUGGUACAUCGUUUCGAAUCUUGGGUUUGCAGAGCCUUGCCUCUUUCUGGCACUCAUGUUUCUUCUGCGUGCUCCUUUGAAGAUGGAUUCAGGGGCUAUGAGUGGGAAAUGGAACAGGAACACGGCAGGCUAUAUUAUUCUGUAUUGUCUACCGAUUCUUGCUCUUCAACUUGCGGUUGUUUUAUCCGAGUCACGCCUAAACGAUGGUAGUGGCUCUUAUGUAAAGCUGCCACACGACUUCACAAGAACCUAUUCCCGAGUCACUAUAGAUCACGACCAGGUUGCGUUAUGCACGUAUCCUCUUUUGAGUACCAUUCUCCUCGGUGUGUUUGCAGCCGUACUAACAGCUUACUUGUUCUGGCUUGGAAGACAGAUACUGACACUGGUGAUCAAUAAGCGUUUGCAGAAGAGAGUAUACACUUUGAUAUUUUCUUUCUCCAGUUUUCUUCCGUUGAGGAUUGUUAUGCUCUGUUUGUCGGUACUCACAAGAGCAGACAAGAUUUUAUUCGAAGCCCUUUCCUUCUUGGCCUUCUUGUCCCUCUUCUGCUUUUGCGUUGUUUCCAUUUGCUUGCUUGUCUACUUCCCGGUGUCAGAUUCAAUGGCCCUGAGAGGUCGAAGGGACAUGGAUGAAGAUGAUAGGGCUGUGACUGAAGAACGCUGUGGUGCUUUGUUGCUUGCACCACAGAAGGAGGAUAGCUUGAGCAUAACAGGUCGGAGAGACUCAAGGUCUUCUUCACAGGAGAGGUAUGUGGAACUCAGCCAAUUUCUUGAAGCUGGGAACUAAAAUCGUCAAAGGCUACUUCUUUGUGGCCUAACUCAUCAGAUCAUUCAGCCAUGUUAGCUCUGUUAGACAAUCCAAACACACAUAAAGAUCAGCAGAUAAAUAGUCUCAAGUCAUAGCAUAAUAAUAAAAGUGCAAACACAAAUCCAAAUUGUCUGAAAAUAAAAAGAAAACAUAG